UCAAGCAAGAUGUGAGAGGGGACGAGCUUGUCUCAGCAGCACAGCCAAAAAGUUAAAAACAGAACCGAGUAAAAGCUAAAACGAGAAACUACACAACUUCCUCAGAAAAGUGAGUGAGAAUGAGAGUGAGCUCCAGCCCCACACAAAAUCUUUGGCUACAUGAUAUGAACUCCUACGUCCACCUCCACCAUUUCUCCAUCUCCACAAACCCAUGCUCUCCCAAAUCCUCCUCCUUCUCUUGCUCCAUGCCUCGCCCUCCCAAUCGCAAUCGCAGAACUCGCGGCAACCGAAACCCUAGCCGCCCAACCACCACCAUAACCACGACCACCACAAAACCCUACUUCUACCCUUCUUCUUCGCCAUCGCGCCCUGAUACGCUCCAAGCCACCUUCGACCUCCAGUACCUCUACCACACCUCCCACUACAGCCUCCAACAAUUCCUCUCCUCCUCCUCCGACGCCCUCCAAGACCUUCGGACCCUCGUCUCCGUCGACGCCGAUAAUCGCGUCAUCGUCUCCUGUCGCCCUUCAACGCUGCGUUUCGUCGGAAAUUUGGUGAUUAUGACCUUCGCCGUCGUUUUGGGGUUUAGGGUUUUGGUUGGGUUGGUGAGGUUAGGGUUUUGGGGUCGGUCCGGGUAUGGGAGGGAGGGGACGGUGGUGAGGAGGGAUAGGAGUCUUGGGGGAAAAGAGGUUGUGGUGGGGAGGGUAGAGAAGGAUAGAGUUGAUGUGAGGAAAAAGAAGAGUUUUGGGAUGUUGGACAAUCCUCUGUCGAUGCCGAAGAGAACGGUGGUGGAUGGUUUGGGGAGGCUUUUGAAUAGCCGGGUUCGGGUUUGGGAGAAAAAAAAGCUGCCGAGUUGGUGGCCAAGCUCCAUGCCGCAGCAGAGUUCGGUGGUGGAUAAGGAUUAUUAUCAAAGCGAAGCAGAUAGAUUGGUUAGAGCGAUCACGGACAAUAGAAUGAGCGGAAAGGACAUUGUGGAGGAUGAUAUUAUUCAUUUACGUCAAAUAUGCAGGGCAUCUAGAGUACGGGUCACCUUUGAUACAACAAAUACACGAGAUUCAUUCUACCGUGUGUCUGUUGACUUUGUCUUAAAUACUUGCAGCAGGGCCCCAAAUCGCUCUACUUAUGUUCAGAUUGAUGGCGAAGAUGUUUGUCAAUUUGUUGCUGGGCUUGCUGAGAAUAUUGGGCUUGACAACAUUCGUGCUGCAAGAAUUGUGUCUGCAGCCGUUGCUGCACGUACACGUUCAUGCUUUUUGCAGGCGUGGGCUUUGGUAAUGCAAGGUAAACAUGCAGAAGCAGUACUGGAAUUGUCAAAGAUAUGCCUUAUUUUGCGGAUAUUUCCUCCCGAGGAGUCCUCUCCAGAGAUGGAGAUGGUGGCUCGAGGCUUGGCGAAACACUUGAAAUUGAAUCAGAGGCAAUUUCUAAUGAGCAUGCUUGUUGGCAUUUGUAGUGAAGAAAGCCAAAGAAGAGUCGCAGAAGCUUUGGGUUUGAAUCUUGACCUAUCUGGGCUGGACGGGGAAAUCUUGGAUGCCUUAUAGAUCUCACCCUUAUCCCGUUAGCUCAAAGAUAUCAUCUUUCAUAGGUGCUGGUGAGGAUGAUGAACAAUAAUGGUAUACCGCGAAAAAAGCCAUGCAGAAAUCACGUAGGGUAUUUAUUAUUGCGAGUCAAUUUUAGUAACCACUUAAGAAUUACACUGUUGGCUGUAAUGAACAAUAAAAGUACAUUGUAAAAAUAGCUAUUAGUUCUUAUAUCUACGUUGUGUAUUUAUGCUGGGAAAAUAGCUUAGCAAGAAAGCAUCUUGUGCAGUUACUGUUGUGAAUCAAGUUCAAGCAGCCCAGCUGUUUAUACUGUAUAUUUGCACAAUAAAUUAUUUGAAAAUCGCCUACUAAUAAUUUCUAAGAA